UCCCAUGUGCAUCAACGACUGUGGGCUUUUCGGUGGGUUCAAAUACAACGAUUUAGGCUGCCAAACAUGUGAUUGUAAUGAACCUGUUCCAAUUGUUGAUCCCGUGCCUUGUCCUCCAGUCAAUUGUGAUGCUAAGUUUUGCAAGAAAGUUCAGCACCCUGACCUGCCAAAUUGUUUUGUCUGUGAAUGCUACCCUCCGCCUCCCGAUACUGCCUGUAGAGACAUCCCCUGCACGCAUGAUUGUAAAGACAGAGGAGGAUUCAAAUGGACCUCAUCCGGGUGCCCAACAUGUGAAUGCAACGAUUGCCCGACCGUCACAUGCACCAGCCCAUGUUCAUCGGGAUUCAAAAUAGACGAGAACGGUUGUUUUUUGCCUACGUGCGAAUGUUACGUCCCAGAAUGUCCGAUGUUCCGGUGCCCCAAUGACUGCUCUAAUGGCUAUAAGAAGGACCAUUACGGCUGUAUGAGUCCGACUUGUGAGUGCAACCCCUCAUGUCAGACUGUAAGAUGGAAAAAUAAGUGUAAAGGCAGACUUAGGGA